AUAUCAUUCGUUAAUGUGAAUAAACCAAUAUGUAAGCAACUGUUUGUUUUGUUCACAUUAUCGAGUAUCUACUGUAUUAAUUGCAGAAAUGCAUAAUACUUAGUUAGCCCUAGUUAUUGAACAAAUGCACUUCAUUUUGCAUGCUUUUCAUGCAAUUUUGCUUUAUUUAAUUGCAUGUUGUAGUUCUAAAAAAAUAUUAAUUGAAGGGUAUAAUAUGUUAGAGUUGUUGUUUUAGGCAAACAUAGCAAAAACGCAUGGAAUAAUGGCAUCUGUGUAUGGCUCACGAGUGGCAGACAACAAUCUAACACUAGAACUGUCCCUUGAUAUAAACAGAAAAUUGCAAGCCGUACUUGAAGAUGCCUUACUUAAAAAUAUUACAUUGAAGGAAAAUGUUGAUACACUUGGGGCCGAAAUAGACAGACUUAAUAAACUUAGACCAUAAUUUACAUUUGUUUUCCUAUUGAUAAAAAAUCAACUUGUGAUAAUGUUGAGUAUUUACUUAUAAAAGGGCAUUUCUGUAUGCAGAGCAAAACGUCUGCCGAAUUCAAUUUACAAAGUAUUUUAAAUAUAUAUAGGAAGUCUUAAAUAUUUUUACCAUUAGCUGAAUCUCCUGAGCAGUUGUGUGAAUGAUUGUUGAAAAGUAUUAAUAAUUGUACUGGUGGUUUGUACAUCAAGUUUUAAGAAGUUGUUAUUCAUUUUAAAGGCUGAUUUAUAUUUUCCUUGAAAAACUGUUACAUUCGGAUAUUUUGGUACUUAUUAACCUUUUGAUU